GUCCAGCUGGAGAGUUGAAUGGAGGAGGAGAGGACACCAGCUCUGCACUUGAAAAGGAGUGCUUCCUUCCUUGCUCUCUUUAUAGCACUUUUGCUAGGCUAGGAUAAGUCAGAGGGGUUUUUCCUCAACUGGAACAACAACAACCACAGCCCCUUUUCCACCUAUUUUCCUCCCCUUUCCUCCUCCUCCUCUUCUGUUGCCCACCUCCUGCUUCUGUGGGUCCCCUUUUGGAAGGCGUUUGGUUGGAGUUAAACUUGCUGCCAAGUUUUUCCAGAUUCAUGGGGAUCCUUAAUUUCUAACUCCAGUGAAUGUGGAGGGACCACUGUAUUUAUAAGAAGCAGGACUGGUUUUACUUUAAACAGAGUGAGAUGGCAGCCUUAGGCAGCAGAUGAGAGAAACCACCUUGUGGCUGUGUAAGCAAUCAAAUCAAAAUGAAAACAGUCACAUAUGAACAGAGUUUGGAGUUGAAAGAAUCUCUGGGAAGUCAUCAAACCACAGAGCCUGCUAUUACAAUUGAUGAUGGUACUGAAGAAGAAGAAGAUGAACCACAGUCAUUAGCAUACAGGAUUAAGAAAAAGAUUUCUCCCUUUGUGAUGUCUUUUGGAUUCAGGCUUUUUGGUCUAGUACUUAUUUUUGUGGACCUUGUACUUGUGGUGUUGUCCCUGUUGAUUGGUGAUAGAUACCUCUCUCUUGAGCGAAUGAUUGGAAACAUCUCUCUGGCUAUAGCACUCUUCUUCCUCCUAGAUGUCAUCCUGCGAGUGUAUGUUGAAGGUUUUAGAAAAUACUUCGAAUCCACCCUAAACAUUCUAGAUGGCAUCAUUAUUUUGGGCACACUGUCAGUCAAUAUUGUAUAUUCCUCCUCUGACUUGAGUGGAUUGAGCCAAAUUCCAAGAACAGUUAUUAUAUUUCGAAUCCUGAGAAUUAUAAUUCUGAUAAGAGUAUUUCGACUGGCUUCUGAGAAGGAACGACUUGAAAAAGUGACACGGAGAAUGGUCUCAGAAAACAAAAGGCGUUAUAUAAAAGAUGGCUUUGAUUUGGACCUCACUUACGUCACUGCCCGUGUUAUAGCAAUGUCAUUUCCAUCUUCUGGACAGCAGGCUUUCUAUAGGAAUCCUAUCAAGGAAGUUGCAAAGUUUUUGGAUACAAAGCACGAAGGCCACUACAAAGUAUACAACUUAUGCAGUGAACGGGGUUAUGACCCCAAGUUUUUCCAUUACAGGGUGGAACGGAUAUUUAUUGAUGACCAUAAUGUCCCUACUCUAAAGGAGAUGCUCAAAUUUACUGCUAGUGUACGGAAAUGGAUGCAAGAGGAUGAAAACAAUGUCAUAGCAAUACACUGCAAAGGAGGGAAGGGUCGGACAGGAACGAUGGUUUGCAUCUGGCUUAUUGACAGCAGCCAGUGUAAGAGUGCCAAGGAGAGUUUGGAGUACUUUGGUGAAAGGAGAACAGAUAAAAGCACAAGUUCCAAGUUCCAGGGCGUUGAAACACCAUCCCAAAGUAGGUAUGUUGGAUAUUAUGCCACUUUGAAAUUUGAGUACAACUUGACGCUCCCACCAGUGAGAUCACUCAGGAUCAAAAACAUAAAACUCUACGCUGUCCAUGGAGUUGGGAAAGGCAAUGGGACUGAUUUGAGAGUGAAGAUAAUUAUGGAAAAACAAGUGAUAUUUCACUGCAUUGGCUCCACCCAGGAGAACUGCAAGUUGUUCUUUGAUGGCGAAAAUGACUGGGUAGUGAUUGGCUUGGAAAACUGUCCUCUUGUUAGCAAUGAUGUCAAAGUCAGAUUUGAAUCUUCUUCUGAUAUUCCAAAAGGUUAUGAUGACUGUAUUUUCUUCUUCUGGUUCAACACUUCCUUUAUAGAAGACAACAGACUUUACAUUCCUAGAAAUGAACUUGAUAACCUACACAAGCCAAGAAUGUGGAAGGUGUUCAGAGAAAAUUUUGCUGUGGAGCUGAACUUCAGUGAAGCAUAACCAGGAAUAAGCAGUGGCCUUAUUAGAUGGAGUUGUUCACUUUCCUCCCAGAAUCAUGUAGCAUUGCCUCUGUUGCUGUAUCGCAUUCUAAGACUUUCCUUCCAUGUGUAGUCAGGAGAACCUCAGCACUUAAGGCUGAACCAAGAGGUUGCCUAAUUCUCUUCUUCCCUGUGUGUAGAUGCUUCUUUAUGAUAAUUAAAAUUAAUUUUGCCAAGUG